GACGUGAUAUGCUAUGAGAAUCGACCAAAUAUACAAUUCACGGAUUUGAACCUUUUCUUAUACAAAUCCACUUCCAACAUCAUCCAAAUUGAAAAUACUUACUCUACAAACACAACUCCUCAAAACCAAACCACUUCUUCAACUUCAACGAAUCAUCUCUGAAACUAAUCACUCCAUCAACUCAUUUCUCUUCACAUCAAGAUGACCGGUUUUGUUGCAAAAGUUAGAAACGCUAUUAGUCCUAGUCGUCAUUAUAAUUCUCAUUCUCCGCCUGCCAUUGAUACUUCUCAUAGUCCAACUAGCACUUGUCGUGAUUUAUCAGAAGAUAGAGGUCGAACAGCUCAUCAACAGAUCUUUACAACUGGUAGAGGUGGGGCUGGAAACCUAGUGAAAUCGGGUGUUCCAAUCGAUCCAAAUGAACUUUCAAUCGAAGAAGAUUUGGUAACAAAUGAAGAAAGAAACAAACGAGUCCUUUCACCCAGAUCACAUGGCCGUGGUGGUGCAGGUAACAUACGUAGUCCAAGUCGAGAUGCUAGUCAAAGAGCAGAACAAGCUGAGAAAUUAAAACAACUAGAUGAAGAAGAUCGUAGGAUUGAAGAAGCUUAUGAUGAACGAACCAAGAAUUCGGCUCAUAGUACAGGUCGAGGAGGGGCUGGUAAUAUUCAUUGAAGAGAUUUGGUAAGGCUUAUAGGGGUUGAUUUGUUUAUAAGUUGAUCAAUACUUUAUUGGAUUCGAUGAUUUCAUGAUCAACUUCAAGUGAUUGAACAUCUUCUCGUUGUCAAAAAAGAACAGUACUCUUCUGAUACUCUUAAAAUUUUUUAUCGUUCCUUACAUCUCAACAUCCCUCCUCACCACAAAAACAACUCAUCAACAGAAAAAAAAAUCAUUCCUAACCUCUGACGUACUCAAUCGUCUUAUUUUGUUUGCUUAAGUUUUCAGUAUAUUUUACUUUGUAGGAUGUUUUUUUGUGUUUUCUUUAUGAUUGUAAUCUGGAAUUUGUUCAAUUCGUCUUUUACGUCCAAAAAAAUCCUAUUUGGACAUGUAUGAAAUAUCAGUAGUAUGUUUUUUGUUUGUUUGGGAGAGUGUGUUUUUUGUAACAGAUUGUAAUGUACUAAAAUUUAAAUAUUAAAAAGAUAGGAGU